AUGGUAAGUUAUAAGAUUAUUUGUAUUUUUGCAAUCUUUUAUUUAAUAAGAGUAUUAAAAAAGAUUCAAAAUAAUAAACUCCAACAAAAUAAGCUUACUGAAAUAGAUGAUCCUAUGGAUGCUAAUUAUGUUAACGUUUAUGAGACUGAUGAUUUAACCUUUAAUGAUUCUGCUGAAAUAUUUCCUAUGUCAAUUACUGAUGAAACCGGCCAGACUACCAGCAUAACUGUAAGUGAACCUACUGGCCAAAUCGCAAGUGAAACUGAAAACAAAAAUACCGAUAGAGCAAAUAAUAGAAGUGCAAAUGAAACUACCAGCCAAACUAAUAAUGAAAGUACCACAUCUUCAAAGCAUAAUCAUAAAAAGGGAUGUGAUACAUCUCAUCUUCGGUGCCACCUUGGUGCUUGUUUAAAAUUUCAAACUUUAUCAAAUAGCAAAACACAGCAAAUAUUUGGUCCUCAACCAAAAAAAGGGCCAUAUACGAAAGAUUCAAUCCGGAAUGACUUAACCGAUAUGAUAGUUUGGGAUGAAUUAAGUUUUCAAGUUGUAGAAGGCCAUCGAGAUAUUAUAAAAGCUUAUAAUAAGAGAAAGGUGUUAAUUAAAGAAAUCCUUCAGAAUGUUGAAAGCAAAAUUUCUCUUACCUGCGAUGCUUGGACAUCACUUCAGCAGUUAGAGUACUUGGCAGUUACCACACAUUUCCUUGAUAAAGAUUGGAAUAUUAUUUCUAUUUUAUUAUCAUUUCCAUUAAUUUCUUAUCCCCAUACGGGGCUACAAACCAUUACCCUUAACAAUGCUACCUCAAAUAAUGUUGCGAUUCAUGAACUAGCUGAUUGUAUCUCACAGAAUUCAUUUAUAAACAUUAAUGAAGACCUUUUUCAUAACCACACUUUGAUAGCAGCGGCAAAUUCAUAUCCAACCCUUAACAAUGCUCUUGCCUCAAUUUGGAAUAUUCAUACUCAUCUUUUGAGUAUGAAAUCUCAUCCAAAUAAUUUUGUUCGUGAAACUAGUCAAGCUAUGAUCAAAAAAUUUAAUAAAUAUUGGGAACAAAAUGGUCUUUUACAUACAAUUGCAUCAAGACAAACUCAAAUUAAUAAAAAUGGCUCACUUUGUGAAGUAAAUCGAUAUUUAGAUGAACCAAUAGCUAUGAAAGAUAUUAAUAUUCUUGAAUGGUGGAAACAUAAUAAGGGUUGGUUUCCUAAUUUAUCUGCAAUGGCUCAAGACUUUCUUGCUAUACCUGCUACAAGCAUUACAUCUGAACAGAUGUUUAGCUGUGCAGGCCGUAUUAUUGAUGAUAAUCGUGCUUCAUUAGAUCCAAAUACGAUAGCUGCAUUAAUAUGCCAAAAAAAUUGGUUGGAUGUGGCUGAAAAAUUUG